AUGGUGAAACCCCUAACAUUCAAAGGCGACAAGCCGAAGAAGCGCAAAAGCCGGGCCCCCGACACCGAAGACCGCUCGCCCAAAACCCGUAAAACCACCACCGAAACGCCGGACGACGAAGCCGCGAACCCGCCCGACGACACAAGCUGGGUGUCAGCGGAUGCGCCAAGUGAUUUGGGCGGACCAAUCGUGAUUGUCUUGCCCUCUGAUCGCCCGGCUUGCGUGGCGAGCGAUCCGAACGGCGUGGUGUUUGCGAGCGAGCUGGAGAAUGUGGUUGAGGGGGAUGCGGGGACGGCGGAGCCGCAUGAUGUGCGGCAGGUUUGGGUUGUUACCAAGGUGGUUGGGACGGAGGGGUAUAGUUUUAAGGGACAUCAUGGGAAAUACCUCAGCUGCGACAAGCACGGGCUAUUCAGCGCGACCGCGUCGGCAGUCGGACACUACGAGUCCUUCGUCGUGAUCGCAUCGCCCGACAUCCCAGGGACAUUCUACCUGCAGACGCGAGGCGGGGACGCAGAGACAUUCCUGUGCGUGAAGGAGAAUGGGAAGGCGACUGCCGGUGUGGAGAUUCGGGGGGAUGCGGAGAACAUCUCGUUUGAGACUGGGGUGCGGAUACGGAUGCAGGCUCGGUUUAAGCCGCGGCUUCGGGCGUCGAAGGAGUCGAAGGCCUAUGAGAAGAUUAGUCAGAAGGAGUUGGAGGCUAUUGUGGGGAGGACGUUGGAUGCUGAGGAGGUUAAGAAGUUGAGGAGGGCGAGGAGGGAGGGAGAUUUCCAUCAGGCUAUGUUGGAUGUUAAGAUUAAGGGGAAGCAUGAUAAGUUUGCUUGA